GGACCCGUGCGCUUUUCCUCCUGGAAGUUUCCGGACCAUGUGGCCUGUGACCUGGACAUGGUGGCCCUGCUAGAGCACUAUGACCACGUGCCGGGGGACCCGGAGUUCACACAGCUGUCUCACGCCGUGCUCUUGGAGCUGGUCAUUGACAGCCCCCCGGGUCUUCAGGUGUGA